GUGGGGGGGAUGGGCGAUUGGUAGGUGGACAGAUGGAGGGAUGAGAGGCCCAGGGAUGGACAGAUGGGCCCGAGGGGAGGCAUGCAGACCUGGCCCUUCCCCACCCACCCCACCCCAAUCCCCACACCCGCCAGAUCUCCCCAGAUGGGGCCAGAGUUGCCUGCAUCCAGAUGGCCAGGCUAGGGGACCUUUGGGCUGCUGGUGGGAGGAUCGCCUUGGACUAGUGCUUUAGGAUUCAGCUCCCCAACCCUCUGAGAUUCGAACUGCUGAACUCUGACCUCUGGCCCUGGCUUUUGCUGUAGUGGUGGGGGGCAGGGAUGGUGGGAAGGAGGGACGUUAGGAUUUCUUUGGCCUGCAAAGUAGGUGGGCAAGAGUGCCUCAGGACUGGGAGAGAUGUGUCCAUGUAUGCGGGUGAGUGUGAAUCUGUGCUUAUCUGUUGACUAUGUCACUGUGGUUCAAUAUUUUGUGUGCAUUUGUAAGUGUAAAUCCCUUACAGGGCUGUGUGUGAACAUUUCUGUUACGAGUUAACAUCUCAGUGUCUGUGCAAAAGGUAGAUCUUUUUGUACCUUGUGCUUGUUUGAGUGUGUAUCAGCCUUGUAAGUGUCUGCAUACUUGUGGUUCUGUGUAUGUGUGUGAGGUGUAUAUCAGUUAGUGUGUACAUUUGUGCGUCUUUUGGUGUAGGAAUAUAUCAGCUUUGUGACUGCAUCAUGGGGAUAUGUGAAGUGGUCUGAGUAUGUUUGGGCAUUUAAGAGUGUGUCUGUGUAUCUUUGAUCGUGCAAGUGAAUAUCUGUUAUAUGUGUAUGCCCGUGUGUUGGUGCAAGAGUAUAUCUGUUUUAGGUGCAUGUACCUGGUUGUCUGCAAAGAUAGAUAGAUACGUGUGUACAUGCGCGCAUCUGUGUGUACAUCGGUGUGUGUGCAUUUGUGUAUGUGAAUGUGCAAGAAAGAGUCAAUGUUGUAUAUGUGUGGUUGUAUGUGGGUGUGACAAUCUUGAGGGUAUGUGUCUGUCUAUAUUGUGAGUUCAUUUAUGCAUCAGUGUUGGUCUCUCAAGAGUGAGGUUGUGUGUUUUCAAACAUUAUGUGCAGGAUUGUAUGCACACAUAUGCCUGUGUCCCUGGCACAAGGCUGACCCUGCUUCUGGACCCAGUGAGAUUGGGGUUCACGUGGCGUGAUCUGUGGUAUGCUGGGGUCCAGCCUGGGGCUCAUGGACACAAAUGUGUCCACAUCCCAGGCCAAGAGCCAGUGGAGGGUGUGGGCACAGAGAUCAUGCUGGUGUGUCUAUGGAAAUACAAGUGUAGAGACUUGAGUUGUGGGCCCAUGUGAGUUUGGUGUGUCUGCACAUGUUGGUGUGACAAUGAUUUGAUGGUGAGCAUGGGAACCUUUUGAUUCCUCCCCAGCUCCUGGUACUACUUAGGUCCUUGAAGUUGGGGGACUGGGAUGUGAACUCUGGAAGGAGGAAGCUGGAAUCCUGGAUCUGAAGGAGAAGGAGAAUGGUCCCAACUUUUGGGUCUUGAGAAUGGAAGGGGCUGAAACCUGGGCUCCUGAGUCUGAGGGAGGAGAAGGGUGGGGUUCCAGAUUCUAGGUCUAGGGAGAAGGGAGCUGGUGUCACUGGCUUCUUGAGACCCCAGAAGACAAAGGCUAAAGUCCUAGACUCCUGAAUUUUGGAGAGUAAACAAUUCUGAGGCCAAGUCUCCUUGAUUUCUAGAGAUUACUCUCUGGGUCCAUCUGCAUUUAUGCAGAGCCUGCAGCAGGAGGGCUGAGAGUGUGAUCACACCGGGGACUUCCUUGGCUGAGAUGGUCUCUGAGGCAGGUCUCCAGUGAGGAACCAGAAGGAUGCUAACAGGGUCAUUUUGUUUCUUUGUAGGUACUGGCCCAGGCCCUGACUUCCUGAAGAGAGAUGAAGAAACCGAAAUUCAGAGAGGUUCAGACACUUGCCCGAGGUCACACAGCUAGUCUUAUUGUCCACUCCUCCCAACUUCCCACUGCACCAUGGCUCCCGGCCCCUUCUCCUCUAUGCUGCUCUUGCCACCACCUGCAGCCCUGUCUUUUCUGCUGCUACUCUGGGCAGGGGCAUCUCGUGGCCAGCCCUGUCCUGGCCGCUGCAUCUGCCAGAAUGUGGCGCCCACGCUGACCAUGCUGUGCGCCAAGACUGGCUUGCUCUUUGUGCCGCCAGCCAUUGACCGGCGUGUGGUGGAACUGAGGCUCACAGACAACUUCAUUGCGGCCAUCCGCCGCCGAGACUUCGCCAACAUGACCAGCCUGGUGCACCUCACCCUCUCCCGUAAUACCAUCGGCCAAGUGGCAGCUGGCGCCUUUGCUGACCUCCGGGCCCUGCGGGCUCUGCACCUUGACAGCAACCGCCUGGCCGAGGUGCGAGGCGACCAGCUCCGCGGCUUGGGCAACCUCCGUCACCUGAUCCUCGGCAACAACCAGAUCCGCCGGGUGGAGUCGGCGGCCUUCGAUGCCUUCUUGUCCACGGUGGAGGACCUGGAUCUGUCCUACAACAACCUCGAGGCCCUGCCCUGGGAGGCCGUAGGCCAGAUGGUGAACCUGAACACCCUCACGCUGGACCACAAUCUCAUCGACCACAUCGCUGAAGGUACCUUCGUGCAGCUUCACAAACUGGUUCGCCUGGACAUGACCUCCAACCGCCUCCAUAAACUGCCCCCGGAUGGGCUCUUCCUGAGGUCCCAAGGCCCGGGGCCCAAGCCGCCCACGCCACUCACAGUUAGCUUUGGUGGCAACCCCCUGCAUUGCAACUGCGAGCUGCUCUGGCUGCGGCGGCUCACCAGGGAGGAUGACUUGGAAACGUGUGCCACCCCUGAGCACCUCACUGACCGUUACUUUUGGUCCAUCCCUGAGGAAGAGUUCCUGUGCGAACCCCCGCUGAUCACACGGCAGGCGGGGGGCCGGGCCCUCGUGGUGGAGGGCCAGGCAGUCAGCCUGCGGUGCCGUGCUGUGGGUGACCCUGAGCCGGUGGUGCAUUGGGUGGCGCCUGAUGGGCGGUUGCUGGGGAACUCUAGCCGGACCCGGGUCCGGGGCGAUGGGACGCUGGAUGUAACUAUCACCACCUUGCGGGACAGUGGUACCUUCACUUGCAUCGCCUCCAAUGCCGCUGGAGAAGCCACGGCGCCCGUGGAGGUGUGCGUGGUGCCUCUCCCUCUGAUGGCGCCCCCGCCGGCCGCCCCGCCGCCCCUCACUGAGCCUGGCUCCUCGGACAUUGCCACGCCUAGCCGACCCGGUGCCAAUGAAUCUGCUGCCGAGCGCCGGCUGGUGGCGGCGGAGCUCACCUCUAACUCUGUGCUCAUCCGCUGGCCAGCGCAGAGGCCGGUGCCUGGCAUCCGCAUGUACCAAGUCCAGUACAACAGCUCCGCUGAUGACUCCCUUGUCUACAGGAUGAUCCCCUCCACCAGCCAGACCUUCCUGGUGAAUGAUCUGGCGGCGGGCCGCGCCUAUGAUCUGUGCGUGCUGGCGGUCUACGACGAUGGUGCCACAGCGCUGCCAGCCACGCGAGUGGUGGGCUGCGUGCAGUUUACCACGGCUGGGGAUCCCGCGCCCUGCCGCCCGCUGAGGGCACACUUCUUGGGCGGCACCAUGAUCAUUGCCAUCGGCGGCGUCAUCGUUGCCUCGGUCCUCGUCUUCAUCGUUCUGCUCAUGAUCCGCUACAAGGUCUAUGGCGACGGAGAUGGCCGUCGUGUCAAGGGCGCCUCUAGGUCACCCCCGCGGGUCAGCCACGUGUGCUCGCAAACCAAUGGUGCAGGCGCGCCGCAGGCCCCACCGCCAGCGCCAGAAUGCUACGUGGCAUUACGCGAGGAGGCGUCCCUGGCGGCGGGAGCCCUGGCGGUGGAAGCAAAGACCACGGUGGUAGAGACCGCAGCUUCCGCAGACCCAGAGGCAGUCUUUGGACGCUCCCUGGGUGGCUCGGCCACCUCGCUGUGUCUCCUGCCAUCGGAGGAAACCUCUGGGGAGGAGUCUCGAGCCGCUGUGGGUCCUCGGAGGAGCCGUUCUGGGGCCUUGAGGCCGCCAGCUUCAGCGCCCUCCACUCUAGCUCUGGUUCCUGGGGGGGCACCCGCACGGCCUCGGCCACAGCAGCGUUACUCGUUUGACGGGGACUAUGGGGUGCUCUUCCAGAGCCACAGUUACCCGCGCCGCGCCCGGCGGACAAAGCGCCACCGGUCCACCCCGCACCUGGACGUGGCUGGAGGGGGCGUGAGAAUAAAUGCCAAUGAUAUGCUCUUCAAAACUGAGAGCUUUAAAACCAAGGAACAGGUACAGCAAUGA